UAACCAGGCCCAAUGGCACUGCAGCUCCUCCAGCCAACAGUGUUAGUCACACACUCACACUUACUAGCUGCUUAAGAAGGGGAUACUUGCUAACUGAUAAACUGACUGACCAUGAGCAAGCUCAGGUUCUUCAUCUCUGUCGUCCUUGUGAUCGUGCUACUGUUCGAUGCAUCUUCAGGGCAAGCUGCGACAGCAUGUAUCAAUAAUGAAGUGACUUCUAAAGUGAAAGUGAGAAUUCAGAAACACAGCCGGAGGGUUCUGACAGAUGUCCUGGAUUACGACUAUGGAGGACCCAACUCUAAACAUGAGCCACGCAAGAAGCCUGGCAAUGGACACGCAAGAUAAGUCAGAUACUCAGAUGAUCCAAAAUGCUAAAGCACCAAACGACUAGAGUAUCUUGCUGUAACGCACUAGAAUUAAGCAGAACUGUUAGCUACUGUUUGUGUCACUAUUACCCUGUAAGUUGUAACUCGUCAGGUGCAUGAGGUUCAGGUCAUUUUAGACAGUGCCUCUAUGCAUUCAGGUGUGUGCUUAUAUAACUAGCAACUGGUAAAAUACCACCACUGAGGACAUUUUGUAAGUUCAGACUUACAGAGAUGUGAAAGUAUCUUCUUUGCAAAACUUCUGUUGUUCUGAAUAAAAUGAGCAUUCUGGCU